GCGGAGUGCUCCGGCGCCGAGGGCGAGCAGUCAGUUACGGUUGAAAGGUCACGUUCGUUUACCAGCGGCCGUCGCCAUGACCGACCUGGGACUCAGCGCCUCCGGCAGCAACGUCGUGCAGGCGUCCUCGUUCGACGCGCGCUACCCACCCAAGUGCAUCGUUGACGG